GCCCGGCGGCCGCAGCCGCUGCUGGCCCUCCGCCUGCUGGAGGAGGCGCGCGCGCGGCGGCUGGAGCCGAGCCUCGUCAGCUGCAACGCGGCGAUCAGCGCGUGCGAGAAGGGGGGCUGGUGGCGGCAGGCCCUGGAGCUGUUCGGGAGCAUGGCGGGCCAGGGCCUCCGACCCGACGCCGUCAGCUACAACGCGCUCGCCGGCGCCUGCGAGAAGGGCGACCAGUGGGCGCUGCGUUGCACCUCCUCGCGGAGAUGCGGGAGCGAGCCGUCCAGCCGGGGGUCGUGUGUUGCAGCGCCGGGCUGA